AUGCCGUGCCAUUCUUCUCUGGUAGACUUGAGUAUGGUGGAUUGCUUGCAGUCGCUUUUCGUCCAUACUCAAGAGCUGCAGAAAAUUCACUCUGAAAGUGAACCUGGGCUUUAUGGCGCAGUGCUGCCCGCCCGCGGUGGAGGGCGGCAGGCUGCCGCCCUGUCGGUGCGGCGGCAAGGCCCCGCCCACGAUGGGCGGGGGGGUGCCGCCUGGGCGAGAGGCCCUGCAGCUGCCCCCAGUAUCAGGUGGGGCGCAGGGCCUCUCCUGGUUGAGGCGGCAAAGGUGUCGCCCAAAGUGGGCGAGCAGAUUUGCCGCCAGGGGCAGUGGGGGGCCAGGCCCGCCUUUUGCCGCUGUGCGACAGGCCCACGCUCGCGCGCUGCGGCGGCACGCCUCGCCCGCGAUGGGCGACAGGCCCGCUACGCGCGCGGCAGGGCCCCGGUGCACCGCGGGGGCGGACAGGCCUCCGCCCCCGCGGCGCUAGUGGGCAGGGCCUCGCCCGCGCAGGGGCUGACAGGCCCCGCAUCGCGCUGUGCCGGCCGGGGCAGCCUCUGCCCGCGCGGGGCGGCAGGCCUCCGCCCGCGCGGGCAGGCAGCCCUCGGCCCGCGCUGCGGCAGGCAGGCCUUUGCCCAGGAAGUGGGCGGCGGCAUGCGCCCAGGCUGGCGGCUGGCGCCCUGCCGCCGUGCCGGUGGCCGAUGUUGA